UCAUAAAGAGUAAUGUAUGAGAUAAACUGACUUCGGUUGCUCUCGAGAAAAUACAUUAUAAUUGUUGUAUAAGCUCACAAGUCUUGCUCUACGCUGUUGAGUAUAUACAUAUAUAGACAACUUAUACAUAGGUAUCAGAAAAUUUAUCUUUUUUUCUGGUGGCGCGUAUUUGUACUGUUUCAACGUCCCACGUUUCUAUCAUCAUCAUCUUAUAAACUAAACUUAUUACUCUGUAAAAGUGUACAGGUCGCACAAAAUCGCUUCUUGAAACAGUCCAAUAAAUCAUGGAACAGUUUACCGAUCUAUUCAACCAACUGCAAUCGGUUAUUAACGUUGUGGGACAUGGCAUUGAUUUUCCCCAGAUAGUAGUUGUUGGAUCCCAGAGCGAUGGGAAAAGCUCUGUGCUGGAGAGCAUCGUCAAAAACGGUUUUUUACCACGCGGAACUGGCGUUGUUACCAGAACGCCCAUCAUCCUACAGUUGCGUAACAUUCGACCUGGAGAGGAAAACGGACAAGAGCUGGCAACAGUGAGUUAUCCUGAUCCGGAUAAUUCGGGUCAGCAAGUCAGGGAAGAACACAUUACUGACUUUGGGCAUGUUGGCCCCAAAAUAAUGCAGGCCACGGAGCGCCUAGCCGGAAACCAAAAAAAUAUAGUUGACAAACCGAUAACCGUGACCUUGUACUCUCCCAAUGUUCCGGAUUUAACUCUGGUUGAUUUACCGGGUUUGGUCGAGAAUCGUCAGGGCGAUCAGCCGAGCAACAUUAAAGAACAAGUUGAGCAACUAAUUAGAAGUUAUGUUCAAAAUCCAAACGCAAUUAUUUUGGCUGUUCAUCCGGCUACUUCUGAUCUAGCAAACUCAAAGAGUUUGAAUAUCGCUGGAGAGGUUGAUCCUAACGGUCAGCGAACCAUUUGCGUGAUAACGAAACUGGAUGCUGCUGACCCUUCGGAAAAUAAGACUGAUUUGUUGACUGGGACUGAUAUCGCUAACCAUCAUGCCAAGGUGUUGCGCACGAUAGGCGUCAUUAAUAAGUCAUCAGCCGACCAAAAUAAGCCAAACUGGACCGCAAAUGAUCAACUGAACAAAGAAGACCGAUGGUUCAAAACUCAUUAUCCCAGAAUUGCCGGUCAACAUGGAACAAGGCAAUUGUCCGAGUUCCUGGCGAUGGUAUUUCGCGAGCAUAUACGCAAAUGCUUACCGGCGUUGAAAGCAGCAGUUGACGAAAUGGUAUCCGAAAACCAUGGACAUCUGAUAUCACUGGGCGAAGAUGUCCAUCGCAAAUUUACGGAUCCGGAAAAUCGCGAUCCCUCACUGCCCGAUCCAGGGCAUAAAUUAGUCGUCAGUGUCAUCACAAAGUUCGUCGAGUAUUUUCGAGGAGCUUUAACCGGUGACGUUGAUCAAGGCAACACGGAAGUCCGAGGUGGUGCUCGGAUUGAAGAAUUAUUUAACGAAACAUACUGGAAUGCUUUGACCGCUAUUAUCCCUUUGGAUGAUGUGAGCGAGCAGCAAGUUUGGACCCAAAUUCGCAACUCCUGGGGUACGGAGCGACAAAUGUUUCUCAGCAUCAAGGCCUUUAGAGUGCUGGUGCAACACGAGAUGGCCCGGAUGGAACAUGAAAGCAUUCGGUGCGUUAAGCUCGCACAUCAGGAGAUGUUAACUGUUCGAAAUUCAGCGGGUGAUCAUAUCGCGCAAUACAGGGAACAGUUUCCCAAGUUGUUUGAGCGUAUAGUGAACAUUGUGGCGCAGUUUAUGGAGACGAGGCUGGACGAGACAAAGGUCAUGGUUGUACACUGUGUCAAAAUGCAGCUGGAUUAUCUCAAUGUAAAACACCCGGAUUUUAUCAAGGCACAAGUUGAUGCAAUGAAACGAUUUAACGAAAUUGCCGCACAAAUUGAAGACAGCGUACAUAACGAUGGGAGUACCAAUGUGAAUGUGGGCGCGAGUCCGGCUAGAAGUGCUCCAGCCCCGCCGGCAACGCCUAAGCCAGCUCGAAUGCAGUAUCCGGCUUCGGGAUCAAACCAGCCAACGGCAGACCCGCAGCAGCAAACCAGUGCCAAUGGAAAUGGCCCUAACGUGCCUCCUCCGGUCAUCAAUAGAUCGAGAGGAAUGACAAAGCGAGAAAAACUUGAGUGUGAAAUCACUGUGCAGUUGGUCCGCGAAUAUUUUGAAGUCAUUCGCCGCAUUGUGCGGGAUUCGGUCCCAAAGGUCAUUAUCCGUUUCUUAAUCAACGCCAUUCGAGAUGAAGUUCUCCAGGAAUUGCUGACCAAGGUUGCUGCAAACUCAGAAACAUUUACGCCGUUGCUAACCGAAUCGGAGAUAAUAGCUACGAAACGGAAAAAUUACACGGAAAAGCUGGAGCUCUACCGUGAUGCCGCCAAAAUAAUCCGGACUUUAGAAACCGUAUAAUAGUCUGUAGUAGAGCUUAAAAAAUUGUUUGACUGAUAAAUACUGCACUUAUUUUUGCCUAAAAUUUGUUACAAAAUUUUGAGAUGAUCUAGAGGUAUACAACCAAUUCGCAAGCAUUAUGUCGAAAUGAUGAUUAUGCCGGCGAUGCCCGAUCGAUGAUGUGAUUAUGUUAACGCAUCGAUGCCACAAAUAUUGAUAUGGCAUUCAAACGGUUUUGAUUUCGAAUACGUAAUUUUGACGUCUCUGAGGUGAAAAAGAUGGAAGAAAAUUG